UUGUAUAGUCUUUUUGCAAGCUAGACAUGGAUGAUGAAGUUGAGGUACCUCAAUACUUCAUCUGUCCGAUUUCUCUCCAAAUCAUGAAAGACCCCGUCACAACCGUAUCGGGCAUCACCUACGACCGGGAGAGCAUCGAGCACUGGCUAUCCACGGCCAAGGACACGACCUGCUGCCCCGUCACCAAACAGCCCAUGCCCAGAGACUCCGACUUGACCCCGAACCACACCCUCCGCCGUCUGAUUCAGUCGUGGUGCGUCUUGAAUGCUAACAAGGGAGUCGAUAGAAUUCCGACCCCGAAAUCCCCUAUGAACAAAUCCCACGUCGUUAAACUCGUUAGGAACCUCAACGUUCCUGAAUUUCACGCACAAGCCCUGAAGAAAAUGGAAGAGAUCGCGGGGGAGAGCGAAAAGAGCAGAGCGUGCAUGGUGGAAGCGGGAGCGGUUAAAGCGAUGAUUUCUUGGAUAACAAGGCGUUUCAAGGAGGGAAAAUUCGAGAGUGUCGAGGAAUGCUUGAAAAUACUCCAUUUGAUUUGGAAGCCGACGGAGGACGCUAAAGAGAUGGUGAAAGAAAAUGGUGAUCUCAUUGAUUCGUUAUUGUGGGUUCUGAGUUCAGAGAUGGAGGAAAAGGAAAAUAACGUAAGCGCGAAAACGCAUGCCUUGUUAGUACUUAGAACAGUUGUGGAGAUCACGAGUUCAGCUCUUCUGGAGCGACUAAAGCUCAAUUUCUUCAACGUAAUCGUGGCCGUUACGAGAGAGAAUAUAUCUUCCCAAGCUACAAAAGCCGCAUUGCGCGUCCUAAUACAAGUUUGUCCGUUCGGGAGAAACCGAUUGAAAAUUGUCGAAUGCGGGGCAGUUUUCGAGCUUAUCGAGCUUGAACUCAAUAAUCCCGAAAAAUCGCUCACCGAGCUCAUUUUCUGUCUCUUGGCUCAACUAUGCGCGUGCGCCGAUGGGAGAGCCCAGUUCUUGAAGCACGCUGGCGGCAUAGCGAUGGUGGCGAAGAGGAUCCUGAGGGUUUCUCCGGCGACAGACGACCGGGCGGUUCAUGUCUUGAGUUCGGUGGCUAGGUUUUCUGCGACGAACGAAGUGGUGAUGGAGAUGUUGAGGGUUGGAGCGGUGUCGAAGAUUUGCAUGGUGCUUCAAGCUAACUCUGACAUGGGCUUGAAGAGGAAGGCAAGAGAGGUGCUUAGGUUGCACUCUAACGUUUGGAACAACGACUCGCCUUGUAUUGCUGUUUACCUCUUAACCAAAGACCCUAGGUAAAAUAUUGUUGGAGCGGAUUUGAAAAUCCUGUAGUGUGGCUGUACGUGCACUACAGGGUUGUAAUGCAGCCGCUCCAGCCGUCCAUUUCGACACGAACGGUUCGGUUCGAAUUUUAAUCCGAACCACUAUUGAUCAAGACCGUUCAUUG